UUUAUCCCACGUACCAGUGUGCGCUGUGUGAGGGAGAAAUGUGUAAAUACAGUUUUAUUAAAGAUAAAUGGAUAUAAAGUGAUUCAGUGAUAAUAAAGGAACCUGUUUGUGUUUCCGGUGGGGGAAACAUGAUCCGCAGGUCCAGGAUCAGCGUUCGGCCCAACGUCAGACCCGCCGGCCGAGUUCCAGCCGCCUCCCGCGAUGCAGCUCAGGAAAACAAAACCACUGCUGACCCCGGUAAUGAUUCGGGGGGCCACGCCGAGGGUCCCGAGGUCUCGGUGGAGAUUACGCCAGAGAACAAACCUGCACCUACUGUUCCUGAGUCAGAGCCCGGCGAUCCAACGAGCCAAUCAGAAUGCAGCCGUCCUGCAGCGGAUGCGCCGAGCCAAAGCGCGUCUGUCGCCUCUUUAUCCAUGAGAAGGAAGCGCUUCAGUGUCCUGCCCAACGUUAGCAAACCAAGAGCCGCCCCAGCCUCCACCAAAACCUCCUCUAACCCGCCCAAAUCUCCUGUUAGAACCAAACCCACCCCAGAUGUGCCUCCAGAUUCUGUCCAAACCUCCUCUAAAUCACCCAAAUCUCCUGUUAGAACCAGAACUACCCAAGAAGUACCCCCAGAGGUACCUCCAGAUUCUGUCCAGACCUCCUCUAACCCGCCCAAAUCUCCUGUUAGAACCAAACCCACCCCAGAUGUGCCUCCAGAUUCUGUCCAAACCUCCUCUAAAUCACCCAAAUCUCCUGUUAGAACCAGAACUACUCAAGAAGUACCCCCAGAGGUACCUCCAGAUUCUGUCCAGACCUCCUCUAACCCGCCCAAAUCUCCUGUUAGAACCAAACCCACCCCAGAGGUACCUCCAGAUUCUGUCCAGACCUCUUCUAACCUUACCAAACCAACCCCAGAGGUACCUUCAGCCUCCACCCAUGCUCCUUCAGUUACCCAAGUAUCUCCUAGUACCACCUCCAAGCCCCCUAAACCCUCUGUUAAAUCCCGCUUUGCCCCAAAACUGCCCCCUUCCUCCAUCCGUAACCGCACUAGAGCGCCAAAAUCUCCAGUCAAAGCUUCACCGAGUCCCGAAUCCGGCUCCAAACUGCCCCCUGCGCCACACUCACACUCAGCUGGCGAUACGAAAAGCAGGAGACCCAAACCUUCAGCUCCGACUCAGGCCGGCACCGAAGUAUCAUCAGACACGCCGGAUGAAUCCAAGUCUCAGUCCGCCAAUCGGGACGCGCCGGUCGGCACCGCAGAGAGCCCCCCGCGUCCUUCGUCGGUUCCCGAGUCCCGGCCAGAGAACGAGACCGCCGUACGAGACGAGAGCGAUGCCGCGGCUCGGAAAGAAGGUCAGAGAGCGGCGCAGCAUGUUCCUCUGCGUAUGAAGACGCUGAACGACCCGGCGGACGUGAUCAGGCUGGCACGGGCCAAAAAGCUUAGAGAUCUUCUCAAGAAGCAGCUGAACAAGGAGAAGGGGAAGCAGCAGAAACCCAAGGUCGCAGUGAAGGAGCGUCAGAAGGUCAAAGAUCACACCAAGAUGACCAUGAGAGAGCUCAUCUACUACCUGCCUCCAACCAAUCCCAUGAAGACACAUACUGAAGAUGAGCAGCAAGCAGAGACGGUUCCUCUUCCUCCUCCUUCCCCCAAACCAGGUCCCACAGCUGUACCGGAAUCGGACGUUCAAGCCGCCGAGGACGAAGGUGACGAGGUGGUGGAGGAGGAAGAACCACUGGUGGCUCCGAGAGUCAAGGUGGCCGAGGACGGAUCUCUCAUCAUAGACGAGGAAAGUUUAACAGUGCAGGUACUGAGACAGAAGGGUCCCAGCAUGGCGGAUGACAGAGAUCCCAUAUUUGAGCGUGGCUCCACCACCACCUACUCCAGCUUCAGGAAAGGAACCUACACCAAACCCUGGUCCAUCAAAGAGACGGACAUGUUCUUCCUCGCCAUCAGCAUGGUGGGGACGGACUUCUCCAUGAUCGGCCAGCUCUUUCCUCACCGAGCCCGAGUAGAGAUUAAGAACAAGUUUAAGAAGGAGGAGCGAGCGAACGCGUGGAGAAUAGAUAAAGCCUUCAAGGAGAAGAGGCGCCUGGACCUGGAUUUCUUCAACAGCUUGUUGGAGCAGAUCCUGAAGGACGAAGAGAAGAAGCGCAAGAAAACAAAAGAGGCGUCCAAACUGGACAAAGUUCCACGCAGGGCACCAGCGGUGAGGAAGAGGAAGGUGAACUCUUCGAUUUCGGAGGAGGACGAGAGCCUGAGCAGCGACGCCAUGGAUGGAGAGAAGGAGAACGAGAGCGUGCGUAACGACGGCGAGAGCGUGGCGGCGCCCAGGAGGACGAAAUCGGGGGUCUCAGCAAAGAGGAGCAAACAGAUGAACGGAGCAGCUGAGCAGGUCGAUGGAGAAAACGUUGGGAAAAAUGCAGCCGAGGAACCUGCUAAUGGGCUGCAGAGAUCAGACUCGGCGGAGGAGCAGAACGAGGGUUCCAGCACCGAACCUGCCCCGAAGGAGUCGGCUCGUGUUAGGAGGAGACAGAAGAACAAGGACCCACAAUCCACCCCUGGGAAGAUCUGCAAGGAUUCGGAAACGAAGGACUGUCCGACCCCGGUGAGAGAGAAGAAGGGACAGGCCUCCGAUGUUUUCAUUGUGUUGGAGGUCUCGGAGGAAGACGAUGAGCCCGAUCUCGCCACCAUCCAGGAGAACAUUCUCAAUAAACCCACAAGGUCGGGUCGCAUCCCUAAACUCUCUCAGCACGUGAUCCGUGCGGCGGCGAGCGAAGAGGAGGACGAAGACGAGAAAGAGACGAAACCGCUUCCUCCGCUUAAACCCCGACCUCGAGCCUACGCCGGCAAACGGGGCGGGUGCAGCCUUCCACGCACGGGCAGAUCUCGACUGGUGACCUUACGCGCGUCCGGCAUCGACGAAGACGAGGACGAGGAGGAAGACGGGGCGAAUCAGCAGGAGAGAAGCGAGAGUGCGAGUGUGGAGGAGGAAUGUCAGGUGUUCGUACCGAUGGGGCUCAGAUCUGUGCCCAAAGUCCAGGCGGAGGUGGAGGAGACCAUGGAGGAGCUGGACAUCCCAGUAAAUGACCCCUGUGACCUGGGAAUUUCCGAGUCGUCGAGUGCCAGGACGCACAGCGAGCAUCAGCUCGACCUGCUUGUCGAUGUGAUCGAGUUCCUCGCUCCAGACCACAUGGAAGUGUGUGAAGAAGCAGCGAGGACUCUCCUGACCAUCGGACAUUCUGCACAGAUAAACCCAACCUCAGAACUGCCUGAAACGGACGAUGUCAUCAUUGUUGAAGAAUCAUCAAGCCUGGUUCAACAAGAGAUCCAUGAAGAAGUCGUCCUGGAAAUGACCGAUCCGUCAGAGAACGCGGCUGAAACUGACCGCCCGAUCGCCAACCCCGUUAGCAUCAGUAGCGUGGGCGCUAGCAUUUCAGAACCAUCUCCUCAGCAGGACGUUUCCACUGGCGCAUGUGAACCGGACGCUACACCCAGCAGCGCCCAGUCAGACGCCAGUAAUGUGAGGGCUCCACACACACGGAGGAACCGCCUUCCAAAACCCAAACCCAACCUGAGUCGGGCGAGCAGGAGCGCCCCCGCGCAGCAGCAGGAGGCGAGAACGUCACACAUCACACGCCGAGCUGAAACUGCGGCGCCGUGUCGGCCCGAACCCGAGGAGGAACAGGAGGAACCCCGGGAGCGUGGCUCUGUGGUGGUGCCAGAGGGAGGGCGGUCCGAGGACGACGUGUGUGUGGAUGAGAGAAAGGAGGCACACGGCGAGUCUAAAUCACCUGGUCCAGGUUCCGAGAGCUCAGUGAAACUCCCUCCGCCAGUCAGACGGUGUCGUGGACCCAAACCCAAACCUAACCUGAUCCGAGGCAGCAGAACCACACGCCCCGCCACGCCCACCCAUCAGAGCGCUGCGGAGCACAGCAAGGAUCAGGCUGCCACGAAGACUCCUGCUCAGACUCCUGCUGAGACUCCUGCUCAGACUCCUGCUCAGACUCCUGUUAAGACUCCUGCUCAGACUCCUGCUGAAACUUCUGCUCAGACUUCUGUUGGGGCUUCUGCUGAGGCUUCUCCUGACCCUCAGACUCCACAGGAAGAAACCGUCAUCACCGCGGAACCGCGAGAGACUGAAACCUCGAGCACCUCCUUCACGAAGAUUCCUGACGCUCAUCCCGAGGAGCUGUACGUAGCCGCGGCCUCGUCUACGGGGGCGCCAGACGACAGCGUCUUCGUCCUCUCUCUCUCUGAAGUGCCGUACACCUCCACGAGACCAGAGGAGCUCACUACUGAGUUCCAGACCACUCCGCUAACGUCCAGUUCUGCUGGUCCGGAUGGAGAUCGGGUCGCUCCGCCCCUCCCGGAUUGUUCCGUCCCCCUCUCGGAGGAAGGCGCGAUGAAGAACGGGGGAAAUACGAAGGAAGGAAAGGGUCGGAGCUCUCAGCCAUGUCAGGAGGAUUCUGUGCAGAACUCUGGUGUGGGAGAACCUGCUGAACAUCUUGUGAAACCGUCACCAAGCUCUGAGCUGAAGGGGAGCGCGGACGAGACGGAAGUUCCUGCUAAACGGAGGAAACUUCCGGAGAGGAGAACCAGAGCGCAGAUCAGACCCAACCCGGUUCGAAGGAAAGCGCCUCACAGCCGCGAGGAGAGACCGGCUCCAUCUUCUGAUGAACGAGCAUCUGCUGCUUCAUCAGGAGAGAAGUCGGAUGAAGCUUCAGCGCCGACGCAGACCUCAUCGUCCUGUUCAGAACAGUGUGUCAGAGCUGAGACUCUGCCCGUUCAGGACUCCUCUCCGCAAGGAAUCGUGGGAAAUGUGGUUCCUUCGGAGACGGAGUCAGUCGAGUCUGUUAGUGCGGGGAUAAAAGAAGCUGGUGAAUCAGGGGCGGAGUCACAGCCUGUCAGUCAAAAACCGCCGCCGGCAACCGGCCCACUGACCAGGACUGGUAGGAGACCGAAAGGCUUCCUGUCCUUCAUGUCCACCGCGAGCUCUCGGAGACCCUCGACGUCCACCCGGGCUCCCCCGAAACCGUCCGUCAGUGGCUCCCGCUCAGAGAGGAGACGCAACACACCCGUGCCAUCGGCUCCGCCCACUCAGGUGAGUGAACCCACAUCGGCCAAGACCUCCAGCACCAAACCGAGCACAGAAGAAGAACCGACGAGCGUAGCGGCGUAUUUUUUUAACGACAUCUUUACCAUGGUGGAGGAGCCUGAUGAGAUGGACUGAGGAGAUCGCCAGUACAGGAUCGCUUUAACCGAACCGCCGACCCUCGGUUUAUCAUGUGACUAGUGGAGCUCCAAUCAGAGCGGAGACUGAGAUGCGCCCGGCUGAAACUGAGCUUUCCAUUAUUUAUGUAUAUUUUAAGUAUCUCACUAGAAUGAACUGAGGAAUUGGGAAGUGAAGCUGCCCAUGUGACCAGCAUGGCAGUGCAGCCGGUUGGUGCCGCACAACUCCAGCUAGCCAGGUUUUAUCCCCACCUCUAGUUACUGUGUGUAACUACAGUGUUGUAUGUUCUCCUCUAGUUUGUAUUACAGGUUUCUUUUACCCAAAACAUGUGCACAAACAUGCAGUAGGUGUAUUGGCUGCUCUAAAUUGACCCUAGAGAGAGUGACCCUUACCGUAGAGGGUCCUGAAUAACACAUGCCCCCUCUGACACAUGUGCAGUACAGAUUGAGUUCAUACGGAGAUCCGUAUCGCACACGGAGAGUCACACAAGAUCUCCACUAUCCUCCGUCUCUGUGCAGCACCAUCGACCAGCCAGCAGAGGGCGUAACUGCAGCUCCUCCCUCAGGCGAGCCGGUCGCUGUCUGUAUAGCCGACAGCACAGCUGAGAUUCGAACUCAUGAUCUUUAAUUAUCAGAACAGCUUCCUGCUUUUUACAUUUUUAAAAAAACGAUUUUUAAACAUUCCUUACAGUGUUUAGGGUUUUGUCUGCUUGUUUCACUCCAGGAAAGUAAAUUAUUGCUUUCAAACAUUUUACAUUUCAUUAAACAUUUCAUAUUUACUCUAAAUCGGUCCUGUUUGUUCUUCCUGAAGCAUCGACGCUUUGUUCACACCAGUCUGAGUAACUCGCAUUCACAGUCCGUGUUUUUAUUAUGAUUUUUAUCUGAAUUGUGUGUAAUUUAAUAGUUUUAAACCUGUAAUUUAUACUAAAGUUGUGAAUCUCAGUAAUGAAGCUGAGAGUUUCUGUGUAGAAAUGUGUGACUUCAUGACGCGUCUUCAGUGUUUACGUGUAAAUAUGUGAAUAAAUGUAAAAAUUAGCUU